CGAACGCAGCGGUUUGUGCCACGCGACUGAGGACGGAUAAUCACUGGAUUUGACUCGAUUCGAUUCGAUUCGAUACCGAUUCCGAUUCGUUUCGGAUCGCAUUCGCAUUCGCCUCAAACUCAGACUCGAACUCGAAUCUCUACAACUCCAAAUCUCCAAAACUCGAAUCUCCUAAACUCGAAUCGCUAAAGAUAAAUCGCUGAAAAGGCGAUUCUACGGUCGCGAUCGCGAUCGCCAAUUGCAAUUGUGGCUGGCUCGUCCUGUACCGCCUACCGCCCCCCUCGACCCCCCCAAAAAUAAACCAAAACCCCCCUCCCCCAUCCGAAAAAUUGAAAACGCGUCGCGUCGCGUCGGAAAAACGCGUGCCGCCGCCAAUUGCAUCUGUUGUUUGUUUGUUGUUUUUUCGGUUGAGUGUGUGAAAAGAGUGCUGUUGUCGUUGUUUUUUACAUAUAUAUAUUUUUUUGGGGGUUCCCCUCAAUUGACAACAAAAACACGAAAACAAAGAAAGUACAGCGGGUAUUCACAAGUGAAACGUAAACAAUGAAAAGUGAGACGGCUGGCGGAAAAGUGAAUUCCAGUUGAUUGCAGUUCGUAGUUUGAAGUUGCAGCUGCACAGCGAAGGCGAGAAAAGCUUAGCAUACUUUUUUGGGCCUGCCCCAAUAACUCAAAACGCCGCCCAAGGACGAAGGUCCGAACACCCCAACAAAACCGAGCGGCGGAAAAAGUAAAAAACCACAAGAGCUCUGCAGACGGGCGGAGGAUAGCAGAGCAGACCCCAAAGCCGACGAGCCAAGGUAACUGCAGCCGGUAUUAGCACAAAAGCUUCUGCAGACUAAAUCAAGUUCCUGAACAACAGACUUGGCAGUGCUAAAUAUUUAAAUAAAGGUUCCCAAACCAAGAUGUCGACACACAGGCUAAUUUUUCUGGGCAUUUUGUGCCUGCUGGCAGGCUGUGCGGACGGCGCCUCGAAGCGCUUCUUCACCGACUUCCUGCAGGACCUGCCCACUCCAGGGACCGGAGGACCCACCUUCGACACGACCAUCGGAACCAACAUCACAGGACUCGUCGGCAAGACGGUGAAGCUGACCUGCCGCGUCAAGAAUCUGGGCAAUCGCACGGUGUCCUGGGUGCGGCACAGGGAUAUACACCUGCUCACUGUGGGCCGCUACACCUACACCUCCGACCAGCGCUUCGAGGCCAUGCACUCGCCCCACGCCGAAGAUUGGACACUGCGUAUACGCUACGCUCAACGCAAGGACUCCGGGAUCUACGAAUGCCAGAUAUCGACCACGCCCCCAAUAGGACACUCCGUCUACCUCAACAUCGUUGAGCCCGUCACCGACAUCAUCGGCGGCCCCGAGCUGCACAUCAACCGGGGAUCCACCAUCAAUUUGACUUGCAUUGUGAAAUUUGCACCGGAACCGCCGCCAACCGUCAUUUGGUCGCACAACCGCGAGAUCAUAAAUUUCGAUUCACCUCGCGGCGGCAUAUCAUUAGUCACCGAGAAAGGUGUGCUGACCACCAGCCGGCUCCUGGUGCAGAAGGCCAUCACCCAGGACUCGGGACUCUACACAUGCACCCCCUCCAACGCCAAUCCGAGCACGGUCCGCGUGCAUAUCGUCGAUGGCGAGCAUCCGGCGGCCAUGCACACGGGCAACAACAAUAACUCCACGGCGUCCCAGCCGCCGGUCCUGCUGCCGCUGGUCCUGCUCACCUGCGGUACGCUGAUGCUCCUCCAGCUGGUGGCCUGCUGCUCCGCCCUCGUCACCGCCGCCGCCGCCGCCCUCGUUCCGGACACGCCCCCCGGUUUACUAAGGAUCGCCCACCACCCCAGGAGCCCCUCCACCAAGGACACGCCAAGCAAUGGACAACGAAGCACCAGGAUCAGCCAGGAUCUCCAGCGGGAGGAGGGGGAUCUUUGCCGCAGAGGAUUCGGGAGGAGCCCGGUCCUUGGGACAUAGCUCUGCCAAGGAUCGGGAACCGGAAACGCUGCUCAGUUGCCAACAGGAGUCGCAUUUUAGGUUGAUCCUCUUGCACCCUCCUGCUCGCCCCUCUGCUCCAUUAGAUCCCAUAUUCCCUGGUUUUCAGUUUUCCCUCUCCGUUUCCAUUUCCACUUUACCAUUUCCGGUUUCCGGUUCGAUCCCUGCUCUUGUCCCACCUGCGGGGCCCCCUUCUCUCCAACGCCCCUGGACUUUUGUGAGCGGGCUGGAGCGCUUAUCCUGUUAUCACUAAAUUAAGUAGCCAGACUUGGCCCAUGAAAACAAAAAUAAAAACAUAUAUUUAUCAGAUUUUUCUAAAGCUAACCAAAGAUAGAUUAUGCUGUGGGGUAAAUGAAAUGGAACCAAUAGUAUGGAUUCCAAAGAAAAUUCGGAUUGAAAAGAUUAUUGAAACGAAAUAAGAGAGAGAGGUAAGCAGAUGAUUUCCGUAAAUGGUUGGGUCAAGUUGGCCAUGUUUUUGGGGGCAGGUAAAAAUAACUACAUAAGCAAACAGCCACAGACACACACCUUGUAAAUAAAGCAACUCACCUGGGAUUUCUCUUCCAUCGAUAGGAAAAUGGUAGAAGGAAAUGUCGAGUUUAUAUAUGAAUUCAUCUAUUCAACUUUUAUUUUCGAUUCUUUCCAACUUUCACACACUCUCUCACACACACACACACCGACAAAAAGAACACAUUCUCUAGUACAAGGAUAAGCUAUAGGUGUCUAAACAUAUUAUAAAUAAAUAGCAGAGAGAAGUUUUGAUGGGAAAACCCUUGCGAUUUGAGGCAAGCCUAAGUAUGAUAAAGAAUUUUUUUUGUAAACCUAGCAUAAGUUCAAGACUAUAGUAAAAUGUAAGCGAAAUGAAAGGGAGUGAAGAAAAAAAGUAGCUAAAACGGAUGGAUGAGGGCUAGGAUUAGCGAUUGAUUGUUGGAUUAAAUGUGUACAUAUAAAGCAAAUCAGCAUAAUUAGUCUAUGGAUUUUUUUUUGUUUUUUUGCCUACUCCCAUAUAUCAGAUCAGAAUAAUCUCUACCUACAUAUAGGGCAUUUUUGAUGUGUUUAGGGCCUAAGCGAUAUUAAUUAUUGUUGUAUGUUUGACAAAACGAAACGAAAAUGAAAAUGAAAAUGCCAUUGAGAGCAGAUAUUGAAAUAGAGAACUAAACAACUAUCCAAUAAAGCGUAUUGCUAAUUCAACUCGAGUAUUUAAGUGUCUCUCUCUAUCUAUCUCUAUCUCUCUCUAUUUCUCUAUAACUCUCUAACUGACUCUCUCUCUAAAGCAAAAACCAAAAAAAAAAGAAGAAAAAAGAACAGUCACAGACACAUAAAAUCGGUAACUUUAAGCCAAGCUAGUGGACAGAUAGAGAAACACUGGAAUACCGAAAACAGAAUCAGAAAUCCGCGAUCCCACCCCAGAGAAAGGGUCUAACCCUAUCCCAAUCCCAGCCCCUAGAAACCCGGUGACCCAUGCACUGGAAACUUCUCAUACGUUUUCGCUCCAAAUGAAAAACAAAAGAUAAUAUUCAGAAUACUCUCCAUACUAAACGUAAUUAUAUGGAUAUGAAUACGAAUACGAUGGUACCACUUAGUAUGCAUAACUAUAAUGAAAAGGAUGAAGGAACAGGAAACGAAAACCAAAAAAAGGAUAUAUUUUAUGAAUGUGAUGACGUUUAGCAAAUUAAAGCAAAAAAAAGUAUAUGGAAAGCCCCAAAAUAAAGACCAAAACAUUCAGAGAAAAUCAUGAAAAUCAAGAAGAACCCCCGCGAAUCUUUUCGAUAAAAGUGUGUUGAAUGUUGCAAAGCUCCUUUCAAAGGCCAAUAAGUCAAGUCCAAGGAUCAAUAUCAGAAUCAACCCUAUAAAAAUCCCAAUCCCAGACAUAAUUCAAGUUACAACGCCAGAGCUGCAACCGCAUUUCAAGUUAAUGUAUUUGUAAAUGUAUCUGCCAGUAUUUUGAUUUUCCUCUCCAUCUAUCCGCAUGCACUAGUCUAAGCAAAACUUAAAAAGAGUGUUUAAAUGUUUAUAAGCAAAUUGAAUGUAAUUCAAUAUCAAACCGAAACCAGAACUUAAAUAGAGAAAAAGCAAAUAGCAAAAUGAAAAAUGAAAAAAAAAA